UGUUCAGUUUAUGAACUUCCAUUCAUAUUUUGUUGAAGUAUUAUUCAAUAGAUAUAUUUAUAAAGGAUUUUUGAAUUGUUGCUAUUUUUAGAAUAUUAAAAAACAAUCUCAAGUACCCCUUGGCAUACCUUCAAGUACCCCCAGGGGUACGCGUACCCCCAUUUGAGAACCACUGUUCUAGUUCAUGUAAGAUUAUUUUACUUUGAAGCUAACCGGAAGUCGGCUGGUUGGUAACCGGAAAAUACUUUGUUUACACAGACACAGUCCACGCUGCUGAGCUACCAAUGCUAACAUACGUUAUUUGUUCAAAUGCGUGUUUGUCGUUUGUCUCGAGACUGAACUGCGUUCAUCGACUCACGUUCUCAUCCACAAACAUGCCCAGAAAACUGGUCAAAGGUCAGCCUGUGAGCGAGGACCCCGCACGUGAUCAAGGUCCGGUGGUCCGUGGCAAAAGCGGCGCGGUUACCAUCACGGUGCACGUGAAGCCUGGGUCUAAACACAACAGCAUUACAGAUGUUUCCACAGAGGCGGUGGGCGUGGCCAUCGCCGCGCCACCUACAGACGGGGAGGCCAACACCGAGCUGCUGCGUUACCUGGCGGAAGUUCUGGAUGUGAAGAAGAGUCGUGUUUCCCUGGAAAAGGGUUCCAAGUCACGAGACAAAGUCAUCAGCGUCGACUCAGCGCUGGGCCCGGAGGAAGUUCUGCUACGACUUAAAAAGGCAGCAGGAUGAUGCCAGGAGACACCUGUGACCAUCAGCGCCAAAAUUGCUAGUUACGUGAUGACGUCAGAGAAGAGCAAGUUGGAAGAUCCAAUGACCUAUCAUAAGCCACCAUGGGGAAACAAUGAGCUCAUGCACAGAGACUCCAAUAAACGUGUUAUAGCCAAAGAGUUUUGGUUUACCGGAUGAUUUGAGGGGUCGUCUUCAGGCAGUGUUUCUCCAAUUGUGGGUCAGGACCAGCAAGGGGAGAUUUACACUCUUGUAUCCAUUUUAGAACGAUACACAAGCCUGUAGCUAGGUGGCGGCGGUGCUCAGUUUAAUCAACCGGCUCCCUGAUUUACGCAGUAGCAGUUGUAAACCGGAACACUUGCCCACAGAGCUGAGGCAAAGAGAUGGAGAGGUUUGGGACAUGAAUGAAAAAAUUCAUUAGCAGUAUAUACAGACCCCUUUCCAAAAAAUUUGAAUAUGAUGGGUAAGUGUAUUCAUUUCCAUAAUUUCAUUCAAAAUGUUAAACUUCCAUAGAUUAUAGAUUCAGGAACAACAUAAACAACAAACAAUUUCAAGUAUUUAGUAUAUUUGUACAUCAUUUGGACUUCAAGCUCAUAAAACCCACAAAAACAGGAUUUCAAAAAAUUAUACUGUGAAGAAAUCCCCAUUUACUGCUGUUUUUGCACAAAAAAAAAAUUAGGAUCAAAUCAAUUCAAAUCGGUUUUGAAGUGGUGACUCCCACCUCGACAUUCCAGUCUUUCUGGAUCUCUGCCAGAUUCAUGACUCUUCUGUUUGAUAAUCCACAUAAACCCAGGGUCUGCUCUUCUGCUGCCAUAUUUUGCCCUUCCAUUAGACUUGCCAUUGAUAUGCUUGGACACAGCCAGCCUCUUUAGCUAUGAACUUUUGUGGCUUACGUAUCAAUGAUGGUCAGAAGGCCAGUUGUCAAUUCUGCAGUCUUCCCCAUAUUGAUCCUGAGACUAUUGAACCUAAGUGAAGCAAUUUGGUGACACCUGGGAAAACCUGUGCAGGUGCUUUAUGAGUUUAAUAGACGAGUAGUGUGUGACACUCCGUUUAGAACAUUUAUGUCCUGAAAAAUUUGUUUUUGUGGGUUUUGUGAGCUGGA